CACAUCUUUGCCAUCUGAAGACAUGCCACGGGCAAAUUGGUCCGUGCUGAUCUUUGGGGAUUCAUGGGCGGACUACAUGCAUCCAACUUGGCCACAGGUGUUGGGCCGGAGAUUAGGUGCCACUGUGCUCAAUUUUGCGCAAGGAGGAUCUCUUUGUGGAGAUAUUCGUAACCAAGGGCAGCGAGCACUGAUGAGCCCACAAGUUUCCAGACAUGGAGGAUUGCUUCCACCAGAAACAUUGAUUGUCAUUCACACGUGUGGCAAUGAUUUCAUCAUGAAGAUGGCAGAGGCCUUCAUGGGCAGUGGUGGCUUGAGCAGUUUGCUGGGCAUGCCUGGUGGUGCUAGCAGCAUUGCAACGCCAGAGAUGUUACAGCCAAAUCCUGGUGUUCGGGAGGUUGCGAUCAUCAAGGACUUCUUGGAGUCGAUGCAUAGAGCAGGCGCGAGAAACUUCUUGGUGUCUGGCGUUCCUAUUUUUUUGGACAUGCCUGUCUUCAACAUGGCAAUGCCAAUCAUUACAGGAAUGGUGAAUUCGGGGAAACUAGAGGCAUUGGGUGUCAGCCCUGGUGAUCCUCCGCGCCUUGCUGUGGAAGUUCAGGCGAUUGCUUUGCAUGACCGCUGGGAAGGAAUGGUGCAGGACUUCAACAAACAGCACUCGGAUAGCUACUGCGUCUUCUUUGAUGAGGUAGCUGCCUUGGAGAGGUUGCGUUUAUCCUUCGGAGCAGCUGUGUUUGAUCGUUCCAUGUGGGAUUUUAGCAUGUUCCACCCAACGGCGUGGGGUCAUGAGCAGCUUGCUGCAGAGGCUCAUAGGCUUUCGACGGAACAAUUUCCAGGGCUGAAGGCUCCAAAAGAGACAAAGGGUGGAUAUGCGGCAGGCGCUGCAGGCUCUGCUGGUGCGACAGGCUCCACCAAUGAGACCAGUGAGGUUAAGAUCAACGGAGACAAGAAGCUGAAAGUUCAUAUUCGGAAUGUGAAAGGGGACGUCGCGUUCGAGGUCACUUGCAAUGCCAACUGGAACACUUCUCAACUCACUCAAGCUGUGCUGGAAAAAGCUCCCUCUGGCUUUGCUGACUCCAGUUGCGUGUGCGUCUUUGCUAUGAAGGGCAAGUUCCUUUCAGAGUCAGAGACUUUGGAAAAGAUGGGAGUUCAAGAUGGAGUUCAGCUGAUUGCAGUCGUCAAGCCAAAGAGCGCACCGCGCUGACCCUGACUGCCAAUGUGAGCUCAUUGUGGCUGUGUCCUGACAUCUGUGUGGAUAGUUCAUCCCUGUUGCAAUGUUCAUCUUCCCCUGGCACUUGGAUAGACAACAUGUCUGUCAAGCGCUGGAAUAAAAUUCGGGCUGAACAUGCGAGUCUCAGGUGGAUCCUCUUGAGCCACUGGUAGAGGUGCAAAUACAGGUUC